CAAAAGGCGUCGCACCUGUUUUAUUUACAGUAAAAUUGUUAUCAUUAGAAAUAUUUUACUUAUAUUUGACACCAAGACAGAUUAAUUGCAUUCACAUAAGGAAUGUGUUGAUAAUUAUUAGUGAACUUUAUAUUAUUUAUUGAUUUACGUUCAUCAUUGAUUGUUCAAGACAGGCAAUUAAAAAGAAAGCAAAAUGUCUGGGGUUGACAAAGAACAGUUAAUGAGAUACAUAGAGUUGGAGAAACAAAUCCAGAAUUUAGAGACUCAAAAUGCACUUAAGAACUAUGAGGUAAAGAAGAAAGCUGCAGAAGAUGUUGCUCUGACAAUUCAGGAGGUGGAGAAUACCUUGAAGCAACUGAAUAUUCAAACGAAGAAAGAGAAGGAUGAUGUUGACAAAAUGAUGAAAAAUAAAUCAAUUGGUGAUAUAUUUAAAACACAAGCUGAUUAUGAUUCACAGUUAUCUCAGGAACAGGAAGAAUAUCUGGAAGCUCUCAACAAGGAAGAAGUCUGUAAACAACAUUUUACAGACUUACAAAAACAACAUCAAGAUUUAGAAAGGGAAGCAAAUGUUCUUUUGAAGGAUGCUGAUGUAUUGAAAAAGCUGUAUGAGGAAAGAGAUGGGUUAUUAUCGGAUAUAUUUGGUGGAGAAUACGGAAGUGUAGAAGAAAAUAAACUAGAGGCAAAGUUUGAUGAACUAAUGGACAAGAAACAGCGUGUCAGUGUGGCCAAUUACAAAUGGACUAAUGCCCGUGUACUUCUACAACAUGCUGUCAACCAGCUGGCUCAUGCUGUCAGAAAAUGGUCAGACUUAGACAGAAUCCCUCCACAUGAGACUACAAUUAAAUACUGUUGUGCGACGGAAGCCCGGAACAACAAUAUUGCAGCUUGUAGUAAUGUGAAGAGUUGCCACAAAUACCUUGGUGACAAAAUAGAUUUCCCAUAUCUGAAGCCAAAUGAAAUAGAAACUCUGGAACGUGCCACUGCAAAUAUCUACACUGAUAUGCUGACACCGUCAAGAUGCAAGCAUGCGUUUCAGUGCUAUGACAUCACAUGGAAACGAGCUACAGCUCUCCUGCAAUGGUUUGAUAAUGUUAUUCAAGGCACCAUUCAGAAAGAUCUGAAAAAGGUAACAGAAGAGGUCAAAAAGGUUGAGAAAGAUUUACGGGCAGAAAGAAUAAAGUUGAUCAGAGAUAAAGUGGCAGAAAGUGGUGGAGACGUGGGAGGUUUAACUGAUGCAGAUUCAGAUAUACCCUGCAAUAGUUUAAAAGGCUUAACAGAUGGGUUUUCCCAGGCUGAUCAACAGAAGUUAUCUGAUGAUGAUAUGGACCUGAAAGGUAUAGGAAUUGUGCGUGCAGCACCCGUUGGUGAUGAUGGUAACAUGCCAGAUGCUAGUAAUGAUCGGCCAAUGCCAGCUCCUACACCCCUACCUCUGAGUGAACUCGCACCUUUACCAUGUGAAGAUGACUUAUUUGGUGACAUAUCUCAGUUGAAGGAACAAUAUAAGAAGGAUCGGGAAGAAUUUGAGCGACAACAAGGCCUCAAUAAAAUCCGACAAGAACAAGGCCUCCAAGAAAAACUGGCUGCAAGACGACACAAGAAGAAAUGUUAAAACAGUUGUUCUGCUUAUAUGUAUCACAAAAUUGACAAAUCAGUUAUUAAAUUGCAAACAGUUCAGCUAACUAAAUAACAGUUAAUAAAGUAAAUAACAAAAGUGACCAAUCUGAAACAAACAAUACAUUUAAUCAAAUGACAUUAAUUUACUUAAAAUUUAAAGGUCACAAAUAGUUCAUUAAAUCAAAUGACAGUAAACAGUACAUAAUGCUUAGAAUUACUUCAAUGCUAAAAAAAAAUGCUUAAAAGAAAAGUCUUUGACCUAAUUAACCAGUAAGUAUUUUUUUAUCAACAGUUAUUGACCAGUAGGAAUUAAAGACAUUUUUCUUUAAUCAGUAAAUUGCAUAUUAUGAACCAAUUAAAAUGAUUCCUGAUGAAUGAAGUAAUAUAAUGGAAGAGUUUUGCACAUAUACAGAUUUAUGAUACACUUUUUAUUUUGUUGUGCUGUGUUUUAAAUUAUAUUUUAAUAAGUAAAUAUUACAGUGUGUCAAAAUUUAUCUAAAAUUAAUAUGAACAGUUCCAAAGUCAAAGCAAGCAAAGUUCAUUAUCUAAUUUUUUAAGUGUAAUGGUUUAACAAUGUUAUAUAACAUAAAAUUGUUAAAAUUGAGUGUAUUUUAUACUGUGUUUUACAAGUUAAAUAUGACUUACAGCCUACUCAUUUGUAGAGAAACAAACACUCUAUUAUUGUAUCAAUAGAAUUGAAUAUAUCAACAUGUACCUCAUUUCUUUUACACAACAUAAAAUGUAUCAUUUAUACAUUAACAUGCA